AUGACAGAAGAGUGGAUGAAAGAAGGCUACGGGAGGUACUCACGAAAGAAUCAACCUUUCAUCAUCCCCUCAUUCGGCAAAGGAAAGGUCCUGAUCCUUCCUCCAUCCCAAAUUAAAGCAGUAUACAAUAAACGAGAGAGCGAGCUCGAAGUUCAUGCCCCAACCUCAGAGUCAUUGUCCUUCAAAUAUACCAUCCGCGAUCCGGCGGUUUAUCCAAGUGACUACACUGUUGACGUGGUUCGAAAGUGGAUUACAAAGAGGUUUGAUGACCUUGCAGCUGUAUUGCAAGAGGAAUUAUACCUUGCUGUGGAUGAACAGUUCGGACUGGAAAAUGAGUGGCGAGAUAUACAACUUGAAAUUGCUAUACAAAGAGUGUUUGCUAGAGGGCUGAACAGAGUCCUCGUUGGGCUCCCUCUGUGCCGGAAUCUAACGUACCUUGAAACUGUUCGGAGAUUUGCCAUGGAUAUGCCCUUCCAAGGCUUAUUUACAACAUUGAUUCCCAACAUUCUCAAGCCUAUCUUUGGGCCGUUGAUGUGUUGGCAAGCCAGACGAGAUACUGAGCAAGGGAUCGCUGCUUGUCUGCCACUCAUCAAGACUCGUCUGGGUGACUAUCACAAGCGUGUUGAUAAUGAGUCCAGUAGGGGAGAAAAGCCUGUCGACAUUCUCGAAUGGAUCAUCGAAGCCUCUGCUGCAACCGGCGACCCGACUCAACUUGACCCCUACCGCAUUGGACAUCGCAUAAUUAUCUUGAACUUUAACUUUGUGCAGAGCGGAUCCAUCCCAUUCAACACGGCCAUCAGUAAUAUUUGCAGUGGUCCGAACGCGGCUUCUGUUUUCUCCAGAUUGCGUGACGAGGCAGAAACGGUUCUUGGUCCUGUUGAUAUCUGGGAUCGUGCCACUAUCUCAAAGCUAACUCUUGCAGACUCGGCGAUCAGAGAAUCCAUGCGCUGGUCAGACUUUGGGUUGUUUGCCUUGCCGCGACGGGUUAAUUCUACCGGUAUAACAUUGGACAACGGGAUCUAUGUUCCGCCUAGUGUUCAUAUCGAAAUCCCUAUGCAUCCGAUCCAUUCGGACGAGACAUUUUACAAAGAUGCAGGAUCAUUCAAGCCAUUCCGCUUUGCAGAUGGGUCUUCAGAUGCACGUUCUGCCGUCACUCUGGACGAAACAUUUCUCAGUUUUGGUUAUGGGAGGAACGCUUGCCCAGGACGGUUCUUCGGUAUCCAUAUCAUGAAAGUCGUACUAGCAUAUAUCAUCACGAAGUACGAUGUCAAGUUUGGUCCAGAGAUUCCGCCUAUGAAGACUAUUUGGGAGUACAGAAUUCCAAAGGAAAAUACUACUAUGAGAAUCAGGAGGAGAAAGUCAUAA